AUGUUUUUUAUUGGAUAGAUAGAUGUAAAUGCCACAGUUGUGGAGCGAGAGAGUAUAGGAGGGUGACAGCCAGGGUGAAAGAGCGAGAGAGAGAGAGAGAGAGAGAGAGAGAGAGAGAGAGAGAGAGAGAGAGAGAGAGAGAGAGAGAGAGAGAGAGAGAAAAGUUUUACCUGUUUAGGCUGAGUUGCUAUGUAGUGAGUGACAACACCUGCAUACCUGGUUUGCCUGUCUUCAUUUUCUAAGUGACUGUCUUUUAUAUAAAAAGAAGAAAUGGCAGAUUUUCCUGGGAAGGUUAACACUCAUACAAGCUUACCUGAACCUCAAAGAAGUUUCGGAAUCCCGUUUUAUAUUGAUGUGAGCUUCAUCAAGAGCAUUCCUGGUAUUUUACUUCUGCUGGAGAUCGUUUGUGGAUUACUGGUGUGGGCACUGAUUGCCAGUACCCAUUACACUGAGUUUCCUGCCUAUGGCUGGGUGAUGUUUGUCAGUGUGACACUGUGGCUUCUAAGCAUCGUCUUGUUCGUUAUACUCUUCCUGGGUUUGGAUGAGAAGCUGCCCUCAGUGCCCUGGCCUUUCGUUCUAUUGGUGUUCUAUGCAGCUGCAACUGUUUUGUACCUCACAGCCUUUUUGACUGAUGCAGCAUCAGUCCCUUUCCCUUUGUAUGAUCAACAUAAUAAUCUAGGAGCUUCUGCAUUUUUUGCUAUAGUUGUGACCCUAUUAUAUGCAGCUAGCAGCUUCUUUGCUUAUUUGGGCUGGAGGGGGGAUGGACAAAAUGCUGCGGGGACAACAGUUCCCGUGUAGACCUUCUUCUAGUCAAAACACUCUCAUUGUGGAUGUACACUUUUCCUGUGUGAAGGGACAUUACUCCUCUUCAGAGAUGUCAGGAAACACUGCUAUAUUGAAAAUAGUGACAUAACUAGUUUCAGUUAUGUCCAGCAUAAAAUGCUAGAUGGUUUGUGGCGUGAACGUUGUGUGUACAAAAACCCAAACCCCCACAUAUAGAAUGAACUAUUUAUACAAAAUGCCAUGUAAAAAAGUAUUGAAGUGACAAAGUUACUUACAUUAUUUGAUAAUCGUUUUAAGCAAUUAUGUCUUUUUGAUAAAAUGUAAUUAAAGAAUCGUUGCAUUUAUUUCUUUUAUACACACACACUCAGACAUGUCUCUAUAUACACAAAAUAAACAAACAUACACAGUUUUACAGUAUU